GUUGGCGGCGGUGAGAAUCCAAUAUGGAGUAAAUCGGUGGAGUCGAGAGAUGGGGCUCGGACGGGGCGCCCUGCACCGCCUCCCAGGCGCACCUCCCCCGGCCGCCGACCGCUCCCCGGAACCGUGAUUGGCCAGGCCCCCGGGGGCGACCCCGGACCGAGCCCCCACCCGCGGCUGGCCCUCCUCUCCUCCUCCUCUGAGCAGUCCCCGCCGCUCCACGGCGCGCUUGUUUUUCUCCUCGUCUCCCCCACCGCCGUCCCCUGCCCAAAUCUCUCCCCCUCUGCUCGCUGCCGAGCCCCCGGAGCCCCUCCUGCCGAGCCCCGGGCGCUGCGGGGCUCACUCCUCCCGCAGCUUGCCUUUGCACCCCUUCCCCAAACCUCACCCCGCGCUCCUAUCGCCUGCUUCCCCUUCUGUCUUCUGCGGCGCCCCUUCAUCUCUCGCCGCUCCCCCUCCCCAACCAAAUCAGGCGAUCUCCGGAGAUGUGAAGAAGGAGGGUGAGCGGACAGGAAGAUGAAGGGAGCAAAGCUGCCCGCCGCGGGACAGGCGUCUAGGUGAACAGGAAAAUGACCGAAGAAACACACCCGGACGAUGACAGCUAUAUUGUGCGUGUCAAGGCCGUGGUUAUGACCAGAGAUGACUCCAGCGGGGGAUGGUUCCCACAGGAAGGAGGCGGGAUCAGUCGCGUGGGGGUCUGUAAGGUCAUGCACCCCGAAGGCAAUGGACGCAGCGGCUUUCUCAUCCAUGGUGAACGACAGAAAGACAAACUGGUGGUAUUGGAAUGCUAUGUAAGAAAGGACUUGGUCUACACCAAAGCCAACCCAACCUUUCAUCAUUGGAAGGUCGACAAUAGGAAAUUUGGACUUACUUUCCAAAGCCCUGCUGAUGCUCGAGCCUUUGACAGGGGAGUGAGGAAAGCAAUCGAAGACCUUAUAGAAGGCUCAACCACUUCAUCUUCCACCAUCCAUAAUGAAGCUGAGCUUGGCGAUGAUGACGUUUUUACAACAGCUACAGACAGUUCUUCUAAUUCCUCCCAGAAGAGGGAACAACCUACUCGGACAAUCUCCUCUCCCACAUCCUGUGAGCACCGGAGGAUUUAUACCCUGGGCCACCUCCACGACUCAUACCCCACGGACCACUAUCACCUCGAACAGCCAAUGCCGAGGCCCUACCGCCAGGUGAGCUUCCCUGACGACGACGAGGAGAUCGUGCGCAUCAACCCGAGGGAGAAGAUCUGGCUGACGGGCUACGAGGACUACCGACACGCUCCCGUGAGGGGCAAGUCCCCGGACACGUCGGAGGACGCCGACUCGUACGUGCGCUUCGCCAAGGGCGAGGUCCCCAAGCACGACUACAAUUACCCCUACGUGGACUCCGCGGACUUUGGCCUUGGCGAGGACCCCAAAGGGCGCGGGGGCGGCGUGAUCAAGACCCAGCCGUCCCGGGGCAAGUCCCGGCGGCGGAAGGAGGACGGCGAGCGCUCCCGAUGCGAGUACUGCAGGGACAUGUUCAACCACGAGGAGAACCGGAGGGGCCGCUGUCAGGACGCGCCCGACUCCGUGAGAACUUGCAUCCGCCGCGUGAGCUGUAUGUGGUGUGCGGACAGCAUGCUCUAUCACUGUAUGUCGGACCCCGAGGGAGACUAUACAGACCCGUGCUCGUGCGAUACUAGCGACGAGAAGUUUUGCCUCCGGUGGAUGGCUCUUAUUGCCUUGUCUUUCCUGGCCCCCUGUAUGUGCUGUUACCUGCCCCUUCGGGCCUGCUACCACUGCGGGGUGAUGUGCAGGUGCUGCGGCGGGAAGCACAAAGCGGCUGUGUGACGCGGUUUCCCUCCUUCCCCUCCUCCUCCACCCCCCACAGCCACAAGGGAACUUGUUGUCUCCGACAUACUCUCAUCUUCUUCCCUGCUCCCUGGUACCUUGAGGCGCUGUCCCAGCCUGGGGAGCCUGCCUGGUGGACUCUGCACUUCCCGCCCCCCCGCCCCCCAGCCACCCAUUCUGCAUCAGACACACACCCAGACACACACGCACGCACACAACGUUCGAAGGAAAGGAACCUCCGCACAGACACUCGUGUAUUAUUAAUCUGUAAUCAAUCUGUCUUAUACAUGUGUUGAUUUCAUGUCUUUCCUACCCACCUCUUCC